CCAUGGGUGUGGUGGGUACACCAACUCUUAUGGCGAGAAGAAGGCUCUGUAUAUUAUGAUAUAGAAGAGAGACUUGGAAAAGACCGAAGCUGCGGAGCAGGUUCCGGGUUGAAAGUUCAACAUGAAGCAACUGAAAUGUCCAUCAGGAUGGCAAUUUGAACCCGCCUAGCCGGGUAUUACUCGAGCUGAUCUAUGAUGCAGACCGACCAGCCAGCACGCACUCACGCCUUAGCAGGCUACUCAGCCGUAAAAGAAAGCAAGCUUGUAUUGGCUGCCCACAUAAGCCAGGAUGCAAGCCGUAUCUAUAUGGAAACCGGUGAUGUCAGCUGCAUGGGGAACUCGGACAGAAGAAAUGGCAUUGUUGCCGUCGUAAUAAGCCAUCAUCGUCAAGCCGCCGUUUGGGUGGGUUGUCUUAACAAACCACCAGUUGUCUAUGUCGAAUUGGCUAUUGUAUAUGUUCACCUUGAUCUUGGGAGGAGGCAGCCAAUCUUUCGGAUCUUCAUCCACCAG